AUGGGCACCCCGUGGCUCAGUGGGGAGUGGCUGCCGCUAACCUCGUUCACAGAAGAGAAAUUCGGCCAGGCAGAGAAGACUGAGCUGGAUGCCCACUUUGAAAACCUUCUGGCCCGGGCAGACAGCACCAAGAACUGGACCGAGAAAAUCCUGCGGCAGACAGAGGUGCUGCUGCAGCCGAACCCUAGUGCCCGAGUGGAGGAGUUCCUGUAUGAGAAGCUGGACAGGAAGGUGCCCUCGCGGGUCACCAAUGGGGAGCUGCUGGCACAGUACAUGGCAGAGGCGGCUAGUGAGCUGGGGCCCACCACGCCCUAUGGGAAGACGCUGAUCAAGGUGGCAGAAGCUGAAAAGCGCCUGGGAGCCGCGGAGAGGGAUUUCAUCCACACAGCCUCCAUCAACUUCCUCACGCCUCUGCGCAACUUCCUGGAAGGGGACUGGAAAACAAUUUCGAAGGAGAGACGUCUUCUCCAAAACCGCCGUCUGGACCUGGAUGCCUGCAAAGCGCGGCUGAAGAAAGCCAAGGCCGCAGAAGCCAAAGCCACGCUCCUGGUUGGGUUACGGGCAGGGUAUGGGGUGGGAAGAGGUGGGCUCUCGGGGAGCUGGGGCAGGACGCGGGCUCUGGGGUUCAGCUCUCCUCCCACUACUCCCCCGCUGACCGGUGCCCCCUCCCUCCCCUGCUGCGCGGUCCUGUUGCGGUCACUGAAGCUCUGGAAUGAUGAGGUGGACAAGGCCGAGCAGGAGCUCCGAGUGGCCCAGACCGAGUUUGACCGGCAGGCAGAAGUGACCCGGCUCCUGCUGGAGGGAAUCAGCAGCACUCACGUGAACCACCUUCGCUGCCUCCAUGAGUUCGUGGAGUCCCAGACGACUUACUACGCGCAGUGCUACCGCCACAUGCUGGACUUACAGAAACAGCUGGGCAGCUCCCAGGGAGCCAUAUUCCCAGGCACCUUCGUGGGCACCACGGAGCCCGCCUCCCCGCCCCUCAGCAGCAGCUCACCUACCACCGCCGCGGCCACUAUGCCCGUGGGGCCCUCUGUGGCUGGCCUGGCCCCUCCAGGGGAGGCUGCUCUCCGCCUGGAGGAGGUGAGCCCACCUGCCAGCGGGACCCGGAAGGCCCGGGUGCUCUACGACUACGAGGCGGCUGACAGCAGCGAGUUGGCCCUGCUGGCUGAUGAGCUCAUCACCGUCUACAGCCUGCCCGGCAUGGACCCUGACUGGCUCAUUGGCGAGAGAGGCAACAAGAAGGGCAAGGUCCCGGUCACCUACUUGGAACUGCUCAGCUAAGCAGGCCCCUCCAGGCCCCCCCCCCCGGUUCUGGCCUGGGCGGGAGAGGACGUGUGCAGCCCCACCACCUGUCUGUCGGUGACUCAGCUGCUCGGGGUGGGGAGACCAGCCCCAUUCCGUCCACGUCCCCGGUCGUCCAG